AUGCUGAAUUUCAAUAACCCAGCUUUUUCUCAUACGAGCUCUGCCGGACAGCAGGGUGACAAAAGCGGGCCGGCAGCGCCACCUGUGUGGAAGGUUUUGAUCAUGGACUCUACUAGCACAGACAUUCUUGCGACUAGCUUGCGAGUGCAGGAUCUUCGUGAAAAUGGUGUGACGUUGCAUCUGCAGCUUCACACCGAUCGCCCGGCCCUGCCGGACGUGCCGGCCGUGUACUUUGUGUCGCCCACGAGCGCAAACGUGGCUCGAAUCGCCAAGGAUAUUGGUAAUGGACUGUAUGAGUCUAUCUAUGUCAACUUCACAUCCGCCUUGCCGCGACCAGUGCUUGAAGAGUUUGCUCAGGCCGUCGCUAAAGGGGGGGGCGGCGCACAGGUGCGCCAGGUGUACGACCAGUUCCUUGACUACAUUGUGCUGCAGCCCAAACUUUUCCAACUUCUUCCGAAAGGUGUCGGUGCUCAGGGUGGUCAGACUUCGACGACAUACGAGCAGCUGCAUUGCUCCCAGAGCGAUCAGGAACAAGUCGAAAAAGAAACUGACCGUAUUGCGACAGGUUUGCUGUCAGUCAUGGCUACGAUCGGCACCAUCCCCAUCAUUCGUGCGCCGCGGGGGAGUGCUGCUGAAUUAGUGGCACGCAAGCUCGAAAGCAAGCUGCGUGAGCAGACGUCGGGCUCACGCAGCGCUACGGGCUUGUUUGCGAACAGAGGUGCGUCGGCCACGUGGACCAAAGAGCGUCCUAUUUUGAUCAUUAUGGACAGGCACAUUGACUUGGUUCCAAUGAUUGCCCACUCCUGGACCUAUCAGGCCCUUGUGUAUGACGUUCUGGCUACCAAGCUGAAUCGAGUGACUGUGCACGACGCCGAAAAGCCAGCCGCCUCUAAGCGCUCGUACGAUUUGGAUGCUAAGGAUUACUUCUGGGCGAAGAACGCAGAAAUUCCGUUCCCUCAGGUGGCAGAGGACAUUGACGAUGAGCUCAACAAGUAUCGGCAGGAAGCCAAUGAAAUUAUGCGCUCUACAGGUAUCAGCAGUAUGGAUGAAGUGGGGCAGCUGGAUGCAUCGUCAAAUGCAUCCCAUCUUAAGGCAGCUGUCACUGCUUUGCCGAAGCUGACGGCGCGUAAGCAGACCAUUGAUGCCCAUAUGAACAUCGCCACGGCCCUGCUACAGGGUAUCAAGACUCGAGGUCUCGAUGAGCUGUACCAAUUAGAGGAGGCAAUUGCUCGACAGAGCAAGGCGAGCAUCAUGGAGGCCUUGCAAAACCCGGCCAUUCAGAACGCCGAAGACAAAAUGCGCCUGUUCCUCGUGUACUAUUUGUCAACGCCUGACAGCGCGCUGAGCCGCAAAGAAGUGGAGGAUUUCGAGGCGCUACUGCAGCAACAGGGUGCGGAUCUGGCGCCCCUCCAGUACGCCAAAAAGGCGCGCGAAAUCAUGCGUUUCUCCCUUGCGGCUCCGACACCUGCACCGGUGCCAGGAGGCAACGAGCUGUUCAAGGGUUUCAGCUCAUUAAGCAGUCGACUCACGGACAAAUUGAAGGAUAGUCGGCUGGAAAAUUUGGUGGCGGGCGUGAAAAACUUUUUGCCAAUUCAGAAAGACUUCACGAUUACGCGCCUGGUCUCGUCGAUCAUGGAUCCUGCGAGUGCCAGCGCUCAGGCAUUGCAAGAGACGGACGAUUAUCUAUAUAUUGAUCCUCGGCAGCCGCGUGGCCGGGGUACCGGCAUGGCGCCAGGCGGCGCCAAGGCCCGGCAGCCAUUCGCCCAUGCUAUUGUGUUUGUCGUUGGUGGAGGUAGCCACGUCGAGUCCACCAACUUGCAGGAGUACGUGACUCGGUCAGUGGCAACGUCAGGCGGGAUCGCGCCGGGUACCUCGGCUCCUAGGCAAAUUACCUAUGGCAGUACGGAGAUCUUGACACCGUCGGGCUUCUUGCAAGCUAUGGCGAAAUUAGGUUCCGAGCCAUAG